UUUUAAGUUACGCGAGUCUGUUUUUGUUUGUAAAAGAAAAUGAAGAAAUAAACUCCUAUGUGAAUUUUUUUAACUUCUUAACAUGUUGUAAUUUUUAUCGUAUUUUGUUGUAAUUUUUAUAGCAAUUGCAUCGUAAUUGUAUCCUAUAUAUUUUAAUUUUAGACGACGAAUACCGAAAAGCCCUCCUGGGGAGAGUUAAUGGAUUUGUUAUCAUAUAAACUACGGUGUUAUACAAGGAUUUCAGCACUGAAAAAAGGCGUAACAAAAAAAGGAAAAUGGCAGAUGUUCAUUGUAAAGGAGAAAAAAAAUCCUCGCGUUUCUAAGUGUACGAAAACUGGUUUAAUUUGAUUCAAUUUUGCUGUGUUUGAAUUUUAGUAUUAUCUCAUCAGGCUCCAUAUAAGAAUCUUCAGUUUCUAGAAUAUUGAGAAGAGCUCUUUUUGUUUCUUUUUUAAAGGAUUUCUUUGACAAAUUUUUGUAUUCAUUUGGUAUCUCAUUCCAGACUUUGACACCAACACGCGAAAAGGCUUUUUUUUGCAUUUUAAGCCUAGAGUAUUUAACGCUAAAGAAUUGUGACGUUGAUGAGCGAAUAUUAUAUGUAUGGAUGUUUGAAGUUCUCGUAAAAAGUUUCGUGAUGUUAGAAGGUGCACCGUCGUUAUGAACAUCAAACAUUAAUUUACAUACCGCUUCAUAAUAUAAGAAGGUAAUAGGCAGAAUUUUCGCAUUUACAAAUAAGGGGAUUGCAUAUUCUUUUCUAUCAACAAAUGAGAUUAGAAGUAAUACUCGCUUUUGGAGAACAACAAUUUUAUUUAGAUAGUUUUUUGAUGCAUUACCUCAAGCAACGAGUCCAUAAGUUAAAUAAGGUAAAACUAAGGAUUUAUAAAUAUUUGUGAGUACAGAUGAUGGAACAAAGUGUCUCAGCUUAGCAAUCAUUCCUAUGGUCUUACUUAUUUUAGUGAUAACACAGUCCAAAUGGUUUUUCAAAGAAAGAUUUUCAUCGAUCAAAACACCUAAAUACUUGAUAUAACUCUUAUGUUCCAAGCUGACUCUUCUAUUUUUUUCACAAUCAAAUAUACUUAUUUGAGGAAGAUAACGGAUUUUCUUUUGUUUAAGGCGAAAGGAAAGGAGAUAAAAUAUUGCAUGAACGUUUAAGAAAUUGCGUAGGACAAGAGUAUAAACCAUACGAUUUGUUGUUUGGUAGUGAUAGAAUUUCUUGUUUAACGUCAUCUGGGGAAAUCGGUUUGGAAAAAAAGGAAGAAUCAGGUGAUUUUAAUUUCUUGAGAUAAUCCAUAUGAUUGCUUUUGGUGGGUAGUUUACUCGCUAGUUUGGUACCAACACUUGCAAAAUGUUGGUUUUUUUUUGGUUUGGUUUCAGGUUGAUGAAUGAACAGCAAAGCCUUCACCAAUCUCAAUCCAAGGUCGUUUGUCGGAAUUUUUUCGGAUUAUGGCUGCUAAAACAUUAGAAAAAUCCGUAUCGCUUACAGGUAGUGACGUUCAAACUUACCUGAAAGGAAAAGAAAACCAAAAUACUGAAAGAAAAACCCGAAAGUUACGUAUUCAGUAGCUUUGGUAAUGGUAUUUCGACAACUGAAAUAUUUGCCACAGGCCGACUUAUAUUGCAUUGUUUUGUAACCUCCUGACCUUCUUGAAACUCUCUCCACUUCCCAUGCCCCUAGCUAUAGCCAGUUGAUAACUCGCGCUGGGUUGACGUGAAAGUUAUUCCUGUUAUCGUUUUCUUUCUUUUCACUUUCUUUUAACGAGGGCGGCUUCUAGAGUCCUGCAGUUAGUCGCUACUUGGAUAUACGUAACGGGAAGUGAUAAGCCAGCAACAAAGUGCAGAGUUUUGUCAACGUUUCGAGGUUUUGAAGAUUUAAAAUAUGGGCACUAAAAGAGAGAAAGGAAGAAAGAAAGAGGAAAGAGGAAAAUGAAAGAAAGCGAGAAAAAAGGGAAUAGGCAAGGAAAACUGCUACCCAGUUAUAUUCUUUGGACUAGGGAAAAUAAACCAAGCUCUUAACCAACUAGAAAAUACCUAAAAGCAAGAUGUGGCUAGCUACAUCAUUAAUAGUUACGAAACUGAAAGCCACGCCGACGAACAGACUUGUAGAAUUACGAAAGAUUCUGUGUUUACCACUUAUGAUCAUAAGCUAAAACUUCGAAUGAAAGGUAUCGUCUGAUGAUUUUUUCACGCCAGUAACUUUGUUUUUCAGCAUCUUAAGAGAGAAGUAAAUCCUGCAUCCACGCCUAGAGAUCUCAUCUGAGAUGGCGUGGUGAGAAAACGAGACUCUUUGGAUCAUAUCCAUCCAAAACCUGCAAAUCUUGGGGAACAACUCUCCAUUACGGGAAUCAAAUAUCUAUUGACAGCUGCCAAUCGUCUCCUAGAUCCCACCGAAGAGUUAUGGUCAUUUUGGUUGUUAUUACAAUAGCAAUUCCGCAAUCAUCGCGGCAGUGUACAUUGGAAAAUACGUUUCGGAAUACCUUAUAACAGGAAAGGUAAGUAUUGAUGUCCCUCAAUUUUUGUUAUUUAUUCAGAAGUCAACCAUAAAAAAAAACCAACAUAUUUGAACAAAAGAUAGAAGUGGGUCGAAAUUCCAGCACAUCGAUGUGCCAUUGUCGAUGUCCUAGUAGUAGAAAUUAAUCAUCUCAUUUUCACAUAAAGCUUAGAGCUAGUGCAUAUAUUAAUCAAUCGAUAUAUGGACAAGACGAUAAAGUAAAUAUUCAGUUUGAUCAUGUUAAUGGUAAGCCAUUAAAGAAGGAAACACGUAGGGGCACUUUCGUCCGCGCCGUCCAAACCCUGCCAGAUUGAUUUUUCAAAUUCGACAUCAAAGCUUCGUAAAUUUAAAAAAGAAACCAAUUUCUACAAAGUAAAAAUUUAAAGCUGGCGUUUUUGUCCUCUCAUCGAUGUUAGAGUAAGAGCGUUAAGUUUAAUAUAUGCUUUGAAAAACAAAGAGGCAAGCAAUGCGUUGAGAGAACAUGUACGAGCACAUAAGUGGAUGCCGUGACCGUCGCCUUAUUAAGAGACUUAAAAGCAUUCUAGCGCAAAAUUUCAAUUGUGUAGUGUUAUCUACCUGUUUGAAUUACCCAGUGGGUAACCAAGCGUGCGUUUCUUACAACGGCUCCUAAAUACAACCAAAAGUUACAAAGUGGUCAAUAAUGAGCUGAUAACUAUUGUUCCAGUUAUUGUCCUAAUUCAUAGUUUCAUCAGUUAGCUUUAGAGUAGUAAUAAAUUAGUUCUUUUAUGGAGCCUGGGAAAAUAUCUACAUCAUUCCACGCAUUUUGAAAGGAAUCGUGUACAGUUUAAUUUUGGGAUCAUUUGCGAUCCAGACUUACUUUUUACUAAAACGUUUUUAAAACUUUUUUUAAAAACUUGCUUCACUCUCCUACGCGCUUCAUAUGACAGCAGCAGGAGUUUAUACAAGUAGGCAAAUAAGCUUGCUUAGAUAUGCAUGGUUGAUACAAUGUCUAUUUUCGAGGUAUCUACGAGGUGUGACAAAAGUUUUGUACAUGGGUGACAUUUUUUAGACGUUAUAUGUAAGAGUAUGUGUUGUGUAUGGUGGUCACAGAUUAAGAACUAAAUCUACGAGCUGAGUUCUAAUAAGUUUUUCACACGAAUUUCGGUUCUUCCGUCCAUGUUAUUUUGAUGUUGAAGGCAGAAAUAUGGGAGCUCUUUAUCAUUUAGUAUCCAUCUUAAUAUUUCGUCAGUCUUUCUAUUCCUCACUUGUCGGGAACGUUUCACUUUAAUGGCGUCUUUCAAAUGUAGGGUGUAGGACGUAAUGUGUAGGCCGGAAAGGAGAUUUUGUUUAAAUAUUUUGUGUUCUUUAACUAUAGAUUGCACUGAAUUAUAAGUUCUUCGGACAAAAAUCAGGCCAAAACGAUGUCAUAUUUCCUCCCAAGGUUAAAGUUAAAAUAAAUGUCUUGUACGCCCUUGUCUUGUUCCUCUACUAUGCUACAUUUUUAAACAUGUAAGCGACAUAAAUGCGAACUGUACUAGCACUGACGGCUGCCACAACUUCACCUGUAAGGAGGGAUACACAAGGGACAGACAAUCAUGCCAAGGUAUAAUCAUUGCAUUAGACUUAGCAAAUGGCAGUAUAAAGUUUCCCACAUAUAAAAAAAAUUAUUUCCUUUAAAACUCAGAAAUUUGAUGUUUGUCUCUCUGUCAUGUAACGUUUUGGCACGGUUAAAGUUAAAAUUAAUGUCUUUUACGCCCUUGUGUCGUUCCUCUGUUAAGCUACCUUUUUCUACAUUACUUUUGUCCCCAGACAUCGACGAGUGCAGCACCGGAAGCUAUGUAUGUACUAACACUGACGGCUCCCAUAACUGCACCUGUAGACGGACAAUUAUGCUAAGGUAUAAUUUUUGCAUUAGACUGAGCAAAUAUCAGAAUAAAGCCUCGAGCAAAUAAAAAGAAAAUCCUCUUUCCUCAAAUAUAAUGCUUGUUUCUCUGUCAAGUAACCUUUUGGCAAUUCAUUUUUUUCACAGAUGUCAUUGAGUGUAGCGAUGGCAACCAUGUUUGCCAUGUUAAUUCCAACUGUAACAACACAAAUGGUUCUCAUAUUUGUACCUGCAAAGAAGGAUACACUGGAGAUGGACAGUCAUGUCAAGGUGAAUAAGAGUAGCCUACACUAUUUAAAACAAGCUUUAAACAUAAGCUAUCGCUCAUGGAAAUUGGCCCACGUUUUAGAGACCUGUUUUCACGCACCACUAUCAUAUUUCUAUUAAAUUACCUUUUAUACAUUACUUAUGUUUCUAGAUAUCGAUGAAUGCAGCAAUGGAAGCCAUGAUUGUGACGUAAAUGCGAAUUGUACCAACACUAAUGGCUCAUAUAGCUGCACCUGUGAGGAAGGAUACACUGGAAAAGGAGAGUCAUGCCAAGGUAAAAUUAGAUUAGACUUUGAAAAAAGCAGAUUAACUGUUUAUCACAAAUAAUUGUCUUGUUAUCCAACAAACUGACUAGAAGCAAUGAGCAAGAUUUUCUUCUCGUAUUAUAUGAUAAACCGUCGAGUAAGGGAUUUAUCAUUUCACCAUUACCUGGGAUAUUUUUCUCGAAAAUGCGGCCAUGCUCGGAAAACACCCCCCACCAAAAAUUUCCGUCUUUCUUGCACUGUCUCCACACAGGACGCUUACUACAUUGCUGAUACUAGAGGUAUGUUCUUUACUCGUUACAAAUCUUUACCAUAUCUCUCAACCGAGGAUGUUUUCCAGUAGACAUUGACGAGUACAGUGAGGAAUGAACGACUGCCAUCCUAAAGCCUGUUGCGUAAAUAGCCAGGGCUCACACAACUGCUCUUGCAAUCCUACCUAUUUUGGGAAUGGUUCUAUAUGUGAAGGUAAGCUUGUUAUAUUCAGGCCUCGUGACUUGAUAAUGUACGUCUUUUUUAAUGUUAUCAAGGAGCACGCAGAGUUUGUAAUACAAAUGUUUGAUAAGUGGACGCAUAAAUCCUUGUCGCCCAAUACGCUAAGAAAUUACUGUCACUUUUAAUUCUAUGCGAACUUUAAUCACAUUUAACCUAUUUUGGGGGGUGAGGGGAAGGGGGUGGCUGGAGAGUUUGUUCUUGUCUUACCAGGCAAAGUUUUAGACUAAAUUAUAUGCGUAAUAAAAUAAUUUAUUAUCCGUAAAACUCACGAUAUUAUUAAAAGUCUGCAACCUUAAUGCUUCGUCAUUAUGAAAAGAUCGAUGAAAAUUUCUCUUCACUAAUGUAAUUUAACUUUGUAGGCGAUCCGUGUAAAAAUGCAAAAACCUAAGUGAGUAUUAAAUUAUCAACGUUUCCUCUCGUAACUUAACACCGAGUCACACAACGCAUGAAUCAAUCGCUUGCUUUUUUUCAUGACGUGAGCUCGGGACGCCUGUGCGUAAAGAUAUAUGCAUAAUUGCUAAGGUGCAUUCUGCCAGCAUGGGUUAACUGUGCCUACAUCGCUUAUUUCUUCUUCUUCUUCUUCCGAGUCAGUUCUCAGGUCGCCGUCAAAAUUAAUAUUCAUGUCUAAUCCAUAUCGGAGUAUUUUUUAAAAUAAUUGCAGGUUUUAGUUUCCUUUGAAGCCAACAAACAAAAUGAGUUGCUUUCAAAUUCGUGUUGUGGAGGUUCCUGACUGCAUGGCAAAAAUUCAAAUAGCGUCCCUUUGUUAAAAAUGGUCCUUAUGGUUGUUCGGUUGGCUGAUGAAGCUUAUUUUCCUCGUGUGACAGGCAUGUCACGUCGGUGAAGGAUAAAUUAACGCGCGCAGAAAAAUGCAAAGGUUUGAUAGCGGAAAUUUGUUUCCUUUUUCAUUUUUUAAUUGUUCUAGCUGGCCAAGAAUAAAGACUUUUUCAGUAUUAAUUUCCUAAAGAACACCAUAGGUUACAUUUUUCAGCUAAUUGUUGUACGCGUGACAUACGCGAUUAAAAUUAUUGUCUUACCUCUGAAUUUAUUUAAAACAACAAUUAACAGCAGCUGUAAAAAACUUUACUUCUCUGUGUAUUUAUUCUCUGCUGCUUAUGUGGAUAAAUGUGAUCAGGCUCUGAAAGUGUAAAGGGACAAUCAAUAUUCAGGUACUUAAUUUAAUAGCUUUGUAGCUUUGUCCUUUAUCCAUAGUGGUUAAUUAUGUUAUCCUUCUUGCGGCAAAAUAGUUGAUUUAAAGACGCUGAGCAAUUUUUUCUGUGUAUCGCAAAAUAACUUCAUUUCUGGUACAGGUGUCGAUUCUGUUGAUGACUACGAGUUUGUUUUGUACUCUAACAGGAUAUUUAUUCUUCACUAUUUAUCUCUGGAACGUAUAGUCUGUUAUUCGAUCCGUCUAGUUCCUUUAGGUUCUGUGAAAUGACCGAAACAUGAACUCUGCUAUGAACUUUCUUAGUGGUUUCACAACAAAGGAAAAAGCACUUCUGUAAAACUGAUCAAAAUUUAUUUUCUCUCUAUGCACAUAACUACAAUAUUGUGUGAACUCCUGACGAGAACCAAUAACAAUUAACUUAUUAAAAUGCUUAGAGAAACACAUCAAGAUUUAGUGGUGAGAUCUUCGGACUUCAGAAUGGAAAAAUCAGCAUGGGAGCGUCCACUUGUCAGAGCUUCAGGUUGUCACUCUCUUUGAAUGUGAUCCGAAACCAGCAAUGACAUCACGCUGUCCCAAUUACUUAGUUAAAUUCAAUGUGGAAAAUGGUCGCUGACGGGUGAUCUCAUCCCGUAUAGUGCAAUAAGAGACGAAUUGUCUAAUUUCGAAGGAAAUGUUUUCCGAGGAAACCGAAUUGUUGUGCCACAGUCGUUGCAGAAAAAAAAAUUCUCAAAUUAGCAACGAGGCCCAUCAGGAAAUCGUCAAGACUAAAAAGUUCUUCGAGCUUGUCUUUUUUUGGCCUGGUAUGGAUGAUGCAACAGAGACUAUGGUGAAGAAUUAUCAAGCGCGCGUUGUUAAUCAGCUUCUUAAUAAGUACACGCCGCUUCAACCAAACCUUUACCUCGUGGUCCUUGAGUAAAAGGUCCACUAAAUCUCGUUGGUCAAAUCGAUGGAAAAUCCAUUUUGACUUAUAUCGAUUAUUAUUCAUCCUAUCCGGAAGGUACGUGUUUUUCCGUACUAUGCGCGAAGCAACGAAAAAUUAAAGGAGAACUUUCGAGCAGCCGUCAGCGAAGGUAAAUCCUGGCAAAUGGAGUCGCCUAAAGAUUCAUGCGCUACAGAGCAAAUCGGCUUCAUACUAGUGGAAGACCACCUAGUAUGCUUUUGUUCAAUCGCGAACUUCGAACAAAAAAGCAUCAUUGGCACUCUAUCGCGAACAUUGGUCAAAAUCCAAUUUGUAGCAAACGCGUUCGAAGGCAUAUCACGAUAGCAGGAAACAUGCUGAACCGCAUUAUUUCAAAAUUGGCGAUCUCUUACUUUGUGCCAACAAGAAACCAGACAAACUAGAUUUGAAUUUCUCUACGGCCGAGCUCGUAAUUAUUGAGACCAAAGCAAGAGACACUUUUAAUUUAGUCAAUGUGGACACGGGUACCACUUUGAGACGCGAUGCGAAGUUCCUCAAACAUGCAUCGAGUCAGCAUAUUGGUAACGACAUUGAUGUAGACAUUAGUGCUAAGACUGAGGAGUCUAUUGACCAUUCAGUGAAAAGAAAUGACCCUAUCAAAAGUACCAAGCCCUCUAGUAAGGAUCCGGAAUAUUUCUCGGAUUAGAAAGUUUUUGUCUGUUAGUAGUACUAAGGCGUUAGUACACGCCUUCGUCACAUGCAGAUUAGACGACUGUAACCCUCUGUUAUAUGGUCUUCCGAAACAUUUAGUUCAUAGAUUGCAAUUAGCACAGAAUUGUGCGGCACGGCUGAUCUUAUGUGGUCGUAAGCAUGAUCACGUUACUCCUUUACUGAGGGAACUGCACUGGCUUCCCGUGGAGCAGAGGAUUAUUUUUAAAAUGUUAUUUUUUACAUUCAAAGCUUUAAAUAAUUUAUGCCCAAGUUAUAUCAGUGACUUGUUAGAAACUUAUAAGCCUACUAGGUCUUUACGAUCAUCGAGUAGGAACUUGUUAGUGAUUCCUCGCUCCAAGUUGAAAUCUUAUGUUGAUCGCGCCUUUUCUGUCUCUGCACCUAAGUGUGGAAUGACAUUCCUGAAACCAUAAAAUGUAGUGUAGAUCUUAAUGCUUUUAAGCGUAAUCUUAAAACUUAUCUUUUUAAGGGUUAUUUUACGAAUGUUUACGUUUGAUUAUUAUUUUUAUUUUUUACGUCAACCACUAUUCGUCAAAGUUUAAAAAUUUCUAGUCGAAGUUCCUUUCGAAAAUGGCGCGUUUCGAGUUCGACACCAUUGUUUUCAGCCCACGCUUGAAUAACAAUGGCUGUUAAAACUAAACAAUAGUCUAUUGAGAAAAUUGAGAGGUUUUACGUAAAUUUUUUACUUCUUAACAUGAUGUAAUUUUUUUCGAGGCUUGUUGUAAUUUAACAGCGACUGUAUUGUGGUUUUUAGAUGAUGAACACCAAAAAGCCCUACUGGGGAGUGUUGAUAAAUUUUAUAUUGUAUUGUAUUGUAAUUUAAAAAUUGACAGUUUUUACCAGUAGAUUCUUCUGCGCUCCUCCUUCUUCUUGAGACUCUCUCCAUUUCCUAUGCCCUCAGCCAGUUGAUGACUCGCGCUGGGUUGGCGCGAAAAUUAUUCCUGCUGUCGUUUUCUUUCUUUUCAUUUUCUUUUAAUGACGGCGGCUUUUAGAGUCCUGCAGUUAGUCGCUACUUACACAUACAUAACGGGGGGUGAUAAGCUCGCAAUAGAGUGCAGAGUUUUGUUUUCGAGGUUUUGAAGAUUUAGGAAGUGUGUAAUUAACUUUAGUAAAAAGGAAAAAAGGAAGCAAAGAAGAAAGAGAGAGGGGAGAGGAAAAUGAAAGAAAGUGAGAAAAAAUAGAGAAAGGCAAGAAAAAAACUGCUCAUCAGUUAUUUUCUUUGGACUAGGAAAAGAAACCGAGUUCCUAACGUACCGGAAAAUACCUAAAAGUAAAAUGUGGAUCGAACAAUCGACAUUCAAGGUCACGUUUAUGCAUAAAAAUCACGCAUGACUGCAUCAUUAACAGUUACGAAACUGAAACUCGAAACUGAAAGCCACGCCGACGAACAGACUUUUAGAAUCACGAGAGAUGCUGGGUUUACCUUUUUUGGUCAUAAGCUAAAACUUGGAGUGUAGGGAAUCAUCUGCCUGAUGAUUUUUUUCACGCAAGCAACUUUGUUUCUCAGCAACUUAAGAGUAAAGUAAAUCCUGCAUCCACGCCUAGAGAUCUCAUCUAAGAUGACGUCGUCAGAAAACGAGACUAUCUCUUUGGAUCAUAUCCAUCCAAAACCUGCAAAUCUUGGAGAACAACUCUCCAUUACAGGAAGCAGAGAUCUAUUGACAGCUGCCAAUCGUUCUUCUAGAUCCUGCCGAAGAGUUAUGGUCAUUCUUGUUGCUAUUGCAGUGGCAAUUUCUACAAUCAUCGCGGCAGUGUUCAUUGGAAAAUACGUUUCGGAAUACCUUAGUGAUGAUAACAGGAAAGGUAAGUAUCAGAUGUCACUCAAUGUUCGCUAUUUAUUCAGAAGUCAACGAUAAGAAACAACAUAUUUGAACAAAAGAGAGAAUUUGGUCGAAAUUUCAGCACAUCGAUGUGUCAUUGUCGAUGUCCUCAGUAGUAGAAAGUAAUCAUGUCAUUUUCACGUAAAGCUAAAAGCUAGCGGACAAAAUUAAUCAAUAGAUAUAUGGACAAGACGAUAAAGUAAGUAUUCAGUUUGAUCAUGUAAAUGGUAAGCAUUAAAGAAGGAAACAUGUUAGGGUAAGAGCGAUAAGUUUUAAAUAUGCUUUGAAAAUCAAAGAGGCAAGCGAUCCGUUGACAGAACAUGCACGAGCACAUAAGUAGCUGUGAGGCUACUUAAGAGCAUUCCAGACUUAAGACUUAAGACUUAAGAGCAUUCCAGCGGAAAAUUUCAAUUGUAUAACGUUAUCUGCCUGUUUGAAUUACUCAGUGGGUACCCAAGCAUGCGUUUCUUACAACAGUGAUGUAGGCUCCUGAAUACAACCAAGAGAUACAAAAUGGCCUAUAAUGAGCAGAUAGCCAUUGUUCCAGUCUUAACACAUAGUUUCAUCAGUUAGCUUUAGAUUAGUAAUAAAUUAGUCCUUUUAUGGAGCCUGGGAAAAAAUCUACAACAUUCCACGUAUUUUUAAAGGGAUCAUGUACAGUUCAAUUUUGGCUCAUUUGCGAUUCGCAUUGACUUUACUAAAACUGUUUUAUAACUUUUUCUUAAAAUAAUAAACAGCACUGCACGAAAUGAAAUACUGAAAACUUGUUUCAUGCUCCUACGCGUCUUAUCUGACAGCAGCAGGAGUUUAUACAAGUAGGUAAAUAAGCUUACUCAGAUACGCACGGUUAAUAAGAUGUCAAUUUUCGACUUUUAAUCAAAGAGUGAAGCAAAAGUGUGACAAAAGUGUUGUACAUGCGUGACAUUUUUAAAACGUUACAUAUAUGAGUACUUGUUUAAUGAUGGUGAUCACGGAUUAAGAAAUAAAUCUACGAGCUGAGUUCUUGUAAGUUUUGCACACGAAUUUCGGUUCUUGAGUCCAUGCUGUUUUGAUUUCACUUUAAUGGCGUCUUCAAUUGUAGAGUGUCACGAUAUCGAAUGGCAAGUUCACUCGAAUAAUUUGCUUUUCCUUAUGUAGGCCAGAAAAGAGAUUUUGUUUUGAUAUUUUGUUUUGAUAUUUUGUUUUCUUUAACUCUAAAGUUCUUCGGACAACAAUCAGGCCAAAACGAUGUCAUACUUCCUCCCAGGAUUAAAGUUAAAAUGAAUGUUUUCACGCUCUUGUGGUUUUCCUCUAUAAGCCUCCUUUUUCUUCAUUACUUGUGUCCCUAGGCAUCGACGAGUGCAGCACUGGAAGCUAUGUGUGUGACAUAAAUGCGAACUGUACUAACACUGACGACACUUAUAUCUGCGCCUGUAAGGAAGGAUACACUGGAGACGGGCAUUCAUGCCAAGGUAUGAUCAUUGCAAUUGACCAAGCAGAUAGUAGAAUAAAGUUUCCCUCAAACAAAAAAACUCUUUCCAUUAAAACUUAGAAAUUUGAUGCUUUUCUCUCUGUCAAGUAACGUUUUGGCAAUUUGUUUUUGUUCACAGAUGUCAAUGAGUGUAGCGAUGGCAACCAUGUUUGCCAUGUUAAUUCGAACUGUAAAAACACAAAUGGUUCUCAUAUUUGUACCUGUAAAGAAGGAUACGCUGGAGAUGGACAGUCAUGUCAAGGUGAAUAAGAGUAGCCUAGACUAUUUAAAAAAAGCAGCUUUAAACAUAAACUAUCGCCCAUGGAAAUUAGCCCACAUUUUAGAGGCCUGUUUUUACGUACUACUAUCGUAUUUCUGUUAAAUUACUUUUUAUACAUCACUAACGCUGCUAGAUAUCGACGAAUGCGACAAAGGAAGUCAUGAUUGUGACUUAAAUGCGAAUUGUACCAACACUAAUGUCUAUCAUAGCUGCACCUGUAAGGAAGGUGCAUUGGAAAAGGAGAGUCAUGCCAAGGUAAAAAUUAGAUCAGACUUUGAAAAAAAGCAGAAUAACUGUUCAUCACAUAUAUUUCUUCUCGUAAUAUAUGAUAAACCAUGGAAUAUGAGAUUUAUCAUUUCACCAUUACCUGGAAUAUUUUUCUCGAAUAUGCGGCUACGCUCGGAUAACCACACCCACCCCACCCAACCCCCCACCCUUAUCCUCCCUCACUUUUUCAAAUAGUAUAGAUACAUGGAAAAUCUAUUUCUACUGCCACACUUUUUUUCUUUAACUUUUCAACUUUCAACGACAGCGCAAUCAGUACAGCAGAAUAAUUUUAUUUUCCAUUUCAGAUUUUUCUAUCUUCACGUGCUUGCAGAGUAUUUUUUAUGUAUCAUCUAUUAUUUUGAUUUUAUGUCCUAUUGCUGAGGUAACUUAAGAAGCGCCCCUCUCGAAAAUCGACAAAGCGCCCACCCUACAAAUAAGUGCCCCUUCGCCUCCCCCUCCCGGUUUAAGCCGAAAUUUUCAAUAAGCGCCCAAGCACACAUUGAAAAUUUCUACUAUUUCAAUUAUUGAAGUACACACAAUAUCGCCUGAGGAACUAAACAUGUAUCUUGCGGAGUUCAUUCACUCUUUUCAUCUUAAGACAUUGAAGAUUAUGAACCCUCAGGCUUAACAUGCCUGGUUUCAAGUAUUGAGAGGUAUUUUGAUAUUUUUUGCCAGCUGUCAGUAUGUUGCAUUAUUUCUAUCGAGAAGGGAAAUUUAUUUGGUUUGUACCUUUCAUGAUCGACUCAUAAAGCAUUGUCUGUUUGACAGUUAAUUGUUAUAAAAGGGAAAUUUACUCUCCUUAUGUACAUGUAUACUAUAUAAUAAACCUAAUAUAUCACGUGUAGUCAGUCCGUACGGUAUAUAAACAAUCGUUGCUUUAUAUCAAACAUCUCACUCGUUUGCUGCGUUCACUCCCUUGACUUCCGAUACUACGAUCUCGUGCGUAAAUACCAUGCUUUCUAUGAAGUAUUCUAUAUCCAUAUCAUUUGCAUUACUAGAUAUCGAUGAGUGCCUCAAUAGAAGCCAUGCUUGUGACGUGA